GUCACUCCCGGGGAGCCAAUCGGCGUCGUACGUGGCGCUUUACCGCGACCAGCACGCUGCUGUGCGCCUGUGUUAUGUGUGCUCAGCGGUGUUGACAAUAGGGAGGAAAAGGAACCGGAGAACCAAGAGAGAACCAGGGCAGAACCAAGGAGAGAAGCAGGGCAGGACCAGGGCAGAACCACCAGAGAACCCAGAGAACCCAGGAAGAGCCGGACACAGAGGGAUGUGACGCGCUGCCCCGCUGUUCUCCACCGUGUUCUCCAGUGUUCUCCAGUGUUCUCCACCGUGUUCUCCACCGUGUUCUCCGCCGGGUUCUCCGUUAAUGGGAGUCUGAGGAUCUGGUUCUGAUCCAGGCCGGACUGUCUGCUGCUCUGCCCGCCGCUGGAGCGUUGAUUGCCCCGGUUAGCCCGCCGUUUAGCCCCGGUUAGCCCCGGUUAGCUCCGGUUAGCCCCGGUUAGCUCCGGUUAGCUCCGGUUCUCCUCCGGACUCCUCCCCGCCGCCGCCGCAGAGGAUCAAGCAGGGCUAUGUCCUCGGCAGCCACCACGUCUCCAUCUGUGGACAAAGUGGACGGAUUUUCACGGAAGUCUGUCAGGAAGGCCAAGCAGAAGCGGUCGCAGAGCUCGUCCCAGUUCCGCUCUCAGGGCAAACCCAUAGAGCUCACGCCCUUGCCACUGCUCAAGGACGUGCCGGCGCCGGAGCAGCCGGAGCUGUUCCUGAAGAAGCUGCAGCAGUGCUGUACUGUCUUUGACUUCAUGGACACGCUGUCGGACCUCAAGAUGAAGGAGUACAAGCGCUCCACGCUCAACGAGCUGGUGGACUACGUGACCGUCAGCCGGGGCUACCUGACGGAGCAGGCCUACCCCGACGUCGUCAAAAUGGUGUCUCACAACAUAUUCCGGACCCUUCCGCCCAGCGACAGUAACGAGUUUGACCCCGAGGAAGAUGAGCCAACGCUCGAGGCCUCCUGGCCACACUUACAGUUGGUAUACGAGUUCUUCAUCCGGUUCUUGGAGAGUCAGGAAUUCCAGCCCAGCAUUGCCAAAAAGUACAUAGACCAGAAGUUUGUCCUACAGCUCUUGGAGUUGUUUGACAGCGAGGAUCCUCGGGAGAGAGACUACCUGAAGACAGUCUUGCAUAGAAUCUACGGCAAAUUCCUGGGUCUGAGGGCUUUUAUACGAAAACAGAUCAAUAAUAUUUUUCUACGUUUUGUUUAUGAGACGGAGCACUUCAACGGGGUGGCUGAGUUGCUGGAGAUCCUGGGGAGUAUAAUCAAUGGUUUCGCUCUGCCACUGAAAGCGGAGCAUAAACAGUUUCUGGUCAAAGUGUUGAUCCCCCUCCACACUGUCAGGAGUCUGUCCCUCUUCCACGCACAGUUGGCGUAUUGCAUUGUACAGUUCCUAGAGAAAGACCCAACAUUAACAGAACCAGUCAUCAGAGGCUUACUGAAGUUCUGGCCAAAAACCUGCAGUCAAAAAGAGGUGAUGUUUCUAGGGGAGCUGGAGGAGAUCCUGGACGUCAUUGAACCCACACAGUUCGUCAAGAUCCAGGAGCCGCUCUUCAAACAGAUCUCCAGAUGUGUCUCCAGCCCACACUUCCAGGUUGCAGAGCGAGCUCUGUACUACUGGAACAACGAGUACAUCAUGAGUCUGAUCGAGGAGAACUCCAGCGUCAUCCUGCCCAUCAUGUUCUCCAGCCUCUACAGGAUCUCCAAAGAGCACUGGAACCCGGCCAUCGUGGCGCUGGUCUACAACGUACUGAAGGCCUUCAUGGAGAUGAACAGUACCUUAUUCGACGAACUCACAGCCACUUACAAGUCGGACCGCCAGCGUGAGAAGAAGAAGGAGAAGGAGCGGGAGGAGCUCUGGAAGAAGCUGGAGGACUUGGAGCUGAAGAGGGGCCUUAGGAGCGACGGCAUCAUCCCGACUUAACGAAGACAGCGCCCGCUCCCCUCUGCCCCCCCACCC